UUAGGGCCUCCUAACAGCUCACCUUUAGGGUGCCGGGUUCUCUUCACCACUGAUACCGCCAUUUUCUGCCCAGAGCCCGAGUCCUCCUGUGGGUUCUCAGCCCUUGUCCAGUCUCUCUCCCGGGGGCAGUUCACAGCCGCAGCUUCGCCCCCUCGAGGGCCUCCCUAGGGCCUCUUUCUCUUUUUUUACGUUAAUGCCUUCCCAUUGCUUAAAUCUACUUUGAAUGUUUUGUUUAAAGAAAGAAAAACACUGUUUUACUAAGGCCCCAGCUCUGUUUAACCAGUUGCUUCAGACAACACCCAGCCCCAAACUUGACUGCUUCGCGUCCCGUUUAUCCAUUUCUCCAAGGUCUAGUGCUCUGGAAAAGCACUUGGAUUCGACUCCUUCAUUUCCAACAUGGAAGAAACUUACAUCGAUUCCCUGGACCCUGAGAAGCUAUUACAAUGCCCCUAUGAUAAAAAUCACCAGAUCAGGGCCUGCAGGUUUCCUUAUCAUCUUAUCAAGUGCAGAAAGAAUCAUCCUGAUGUCGCAAACAAAUUGGCUACUUGUCCCUUCAAUGCUCGCCACCAGGUUCCUCGGGCCGAAAUCAGUCAUCAUAUCUCAAGCUGUGACGACAAAAGUUGUAUUGAGCAGGAUGUUGUCAACCAGACUAGGAACCUGGGACAAGAGACCCUGGCCGAGAGCACAUGGCAGUGCCCCCCUUGUGACGAAGACUGGGAUAAAGAUUUGUGGGAACAGACCAGCACCCCAUUUGUUUGGGGCACAACCAACUACUGUGGUAACAACAGCCCUGCAAACAACAUCGUUAUGGAACAUAAAAGUAACCUGGCUUCAGGCAUGCGUGUUCCCAAGUCUCUGCCGUAUGUUCUGCCGUGGAAAAACAAUGGAAAUGCACAGUAACUGAAUAUCUAUCUCAUCAAAUGCCAGACCCUAGAAGAUUCUUCCUGCUACCACUGGGUUCUCCAUUUUUCUCCUAAUCUCAUUAUAAAGAUAAACUGAUUAUCAAACUGACAACUGCUUUUGUUUUCUACCCCCUUUGAUUCAUUUGAUUCAAGAAAGAACCCUGAUACUCAGAAGAACUGUUCUGAAUAAACCAUCAAUGUAGUUAAUUAGUUUGGUUACCUACCUGCAGCCCCAACCUCAGAAAUUAUCACAUUCCAUUCAACAUUACUGAAACGUCAUCACUUAAAGUUAUCUCACAAGACCUAGCUAAAGCAGGCAAGAAACUCGGGUUGGAAAAAGUAACUAUGU